AAAAAGCAGCUCUGCCGCCCAGUUGUUUGCGAAAUAGCAAGAUUUCCUGUUUUCAGUACAGUAUUUAACGGAGUGAGUCAUGCAGCGGUAUAUUCUUAGCUACAGGCUCCGACAGCUGCUGCUGGGACAAAACCUUCACUGUUACCUCUUGCUUUUCCGGGCGCUGGAGAAGUUAGGCUGCUUUUAAAACUGAGCUGUCAAAAGUGCAAGUCUAAGGAACUUCGAGAUACCCACCCAAAAACUGGAAUUUAUCUUAACGCUGGAGCUAAUGAAGUCCGUAGUGUUUUAUUCCUUUUUGUUGGGCUUGACAUUCAUAACUGUAGUCGCCAACUCCCUCGGAAAAAAGGUGAUCAUGGAGGAAAUUAAUAAAGAAAAUUCCAAGGAACUACCAAAAAAUACUGAUGACAGUAAAUUCCUGAAUCCAUUUGUCGACUAUAGCGCAUUGAAGGAAAUGAAGAUGAGUAACCUGUGCAAAUUCUGUGACAUUCAGCAAACAGACUGCAGUAAUACCGGCAAAUGUAAAGUUAACUGCAACAUAACUUCUACAUGUGAAAACAAGGAUGAAGUGUGUGUUACUAUAUGGAGACAAGAUGAAAAAGCAGGUGUCAAAAACAGGACUAUAGAAACUAUAUGCCAUCAUCCAGAUAAAGAACUUUAUGAUUUUGUCUUAAAUGAUUACAACUCCAGCACCUGCAAUAUGCAAAAGAAGGUUGUGCCCUCUGGGGAAUUCUACAUCUGCUCCUGUAGCAAAUCAGAAGAGUGCAACUGGGAAGUUGUAUUUCCAGAUGCAGAUGUUGGCCAUCCAGAGGAACCAUAUCAGCCAUUCGGAAUAAAAGAGGUGUCCUUUGUCAUAAUGUUAAGUUUGCUGCCACCACUGGUCAUCACAACUGCUGUGAUCAUUGGGUUCUAUUACUACCGUAUCCAGCAGAGGAAGAAAAUGAAUGAGUGGCAUAAGGAGAAACCCAAAAAACAUAACGUGGACUGUAGCAGUCACUGUUCAAUUAUAACUGAUGAUGAGCAUUCUGAUAUCAGUUCUACCUUCGCUAACAACAUCAAUCACAACACUGAACUGCUGCCAAUUGAACUGGAUACCCUUGUUGGCAAGGGCAGGUUUGCUGAGGUCUACAAAGCAAAACUGAAACAAAGCACAUCUGAACAGUAUGAAACAGUAGCUGUCAAAAUCUUCCCGUACGAAGAAUACGCCUCCUGGAAGAAUGAAAAGGAGACAUUCUCAGAUGUAAACCUUAAACAUGAAAACAUUCUUCAGUUUCUUACUGCAGAGGAGAGGAAGACAGAUCUUGGAAAGCAGUACUGGCUAAUCACGGCCUUCCAUCCCAGAGGAAAUUUACAGGAAUACCUAACACGACACAUAAUUAGUUGGGAGGAUCUCUGCUCCCUGGGUUGCUCUCUAGCUAGAGGACUAGCCCAUCUUCAUAGUGACCGUACUCUCUGUGGACGACCUAAAAUCGCUAUAGUGCACAGAGAUCUAAAAAGUUCAAAUAUCCUUGUAAAGAAUGACUUAACUUGUUGUUUAUGUGACUUUGGAUUAUCUCUCAGACUGGAUCCCUCCCUUACAGUUGAUGAAUUAGCCAACAGUGGGCAGGUGGGCACAGCCCGAUACAUGGCUCCAGAAGUGCUCGAGUCCAGAAUUAAUUUAGAAAAUAUAGAGUCAUUUAAACAGACAGAUGUAUACUCUAUGGCUUUGGUCCUGUGGGAAUUGAGCUCUCGCUGCAGCGCUGCUGGAGAUGUGAAAGACUAUGAACCUCCAUUUGGCUCCAAAGUACGAGAGCAUCCUUGUGUCGAGAGCAUGAAAGACAAUGUUUUGAGAGACAGAGGGCGACCAGAGGUCCCAACCACUUGGCUAAAUCAUCAGGGCAUGCAAAAAGUUUGCGAAAUCAUUUCUGAAUGCUGGGAUCACGAUCCAGAAGCACGACUAACAGCUCAGUGUGUUGUUGAACGCUUUUUGGACAUGGAGCAGCAGGACAAAAUCUCUGAAAGAAGUUGUUCGGAGGAAAAAAUUCCAGAGAGCAGCUCAGUGGAUGAAAACAAGUAACAACACGAAGAAGCUGCUGUGAUAUAUAGACUGGUAUUAGGUCGCUGUUAACCUACCUAUUACCUACAGAGACUGAGAAUCUCUCUGGCUGUAGGGCUAAGGAACUAAAGUGAUGCGACAGCAAAAACUGGCAAGGAGAAAGGAGAGAAGCACACCAUUUCCUCUGAAAAUAACAUAGGAAGAGCUGCACUGUUAGCUCCUCAGGAAUAUUAUUUUUACCAAAUCAUUAUCAUUUGCACUUUAUAACAAAUGCAUAUAAUUGGCUAUAGUUGUAUGGAAUAGUUAUCCUUAUGAAUAGAACAGUACCCUAAAGUUAGACUCUUUAAAAAAAAUUAGAUGCAAGGACAAUUCUGCACUGCAUUUUAUGCAGUACUUGUUUGCAUUUUGCAUUUGUAUCUGAAAUAAAAGUUACAGAAAACCAAACCAUAAAUAACUGUGAGGAAAACAAAAUGCAAACUUAACAAUUAGGGAGUAUGCAGGUGUGCUGGUACCACCCUCAUCACUAAUUGUUUCCCUGCCGUUAAGUUCUGUUGUUUCUCGUGGUCUUCUCUGGAAAGUCAUUUUGAUACAUUUUCUGUUUGUUUAUUGCUGAAGCAUACUUCUCAUCAGUAUUUAAAUGCCUUUAUGCUGUUAAUUCUUCCCUUGUCUUCCAGUGUUUCAGUUAUGAAUAUUUCAUUUCUUUUUUAACUAAAGCAUUUGUCAACUAAUGACACACCUCCCAUGGCGUAGUCCGUUAUAGGAAUAUACUUGCAUUUUUCACACUAACUUUACCAGACAGCUAAGAACUCGUUCUGUAUCUUGUGACAGACUUUUUAUAUGAUGCAUAAAUAUGUAGUAUAGGUCACUGUAAAGGCUACAGUGAUUGCAGCACAGCCAUAUAUACACAGCCAGGACAGGACUGCUACACCCCAGAUAGCAUAGUCAUAUGAGUUAUUGUUUAACAUUUUCUGAACAUCACUGACAAGUUGUUUUUUUUUAAUUGCCUACUCAACAAAGCUCUAUGCUGAAUUCUGUUGUAGGUUGUACACUGUCCUGAGUUACUAUUGAGCAAAGCCAGUAAGAACUAAAGAGACUGCAAAUGUCUGACCAAAGCACAGUUGUCAUGCAGUUGUACUGCAUUAUUUUAGUGAAGCAUAAAGGAGUCUUAGUGAUAUAUAUUUUCAUAUUUCACCCACAAAAAUUCUCUUUUUCAUUCAGUAUGUGAAAGAAAAAGUACAGUGGUUGUACACUACAUUUAUUUGGAGGCAAGUAAGGCAUUUUACAUUUAGGGGUGACUAAUAUUGCCAUCAUCUUUGGAUCUUAAUAAAGUUUAUCUAUUUUUAAGGCCUCUGACUUUUAAUACAAUUAAUCUUGCUGUCAGGUUUUCAGUUGGAGGUAUGUCAUGCUCUACUAAAGUUUGCUUUAUACUCGUUGGAUUAAAUGGUUUCAGUAGGAGUGACAUAUUGGCAUACUGAACCCUUUGCCUUUUGCUUAGCAGUCUUGUCCCUUUAAGUAUGUUGAAUAUCACUGUAUAGAAGCUGAUCUUGCUGCCAGAUUGCAGUGUUGUCAGGAUAACAUUCUUAUUAAGGAAGUACAAAGCUUCUGCUGCUGUCAUAGGAUCAUAGGAACUUACUAGGCUAUUGGCCCUGAGGGCUCUACAAGCCUAGCCAAGAAUUUAGCCCAUGUUCCAACAAGUAGGCACCCUAUGCCACUAUCCAGCAGGGAC